AUGGGUUCACUAGGAUUACAUUUAUUAACUGUUGUUCUCGGCGUUAUCUUUCUUUUCCUUGGCCAUAUUAAAUUGACUCCUCAGUUCUUUCCUGAGUAUCAUAAUCAAAUACGAAAUGAAUUCGGAAGACUGAAUAAAGAAUUUCCGUUGUAUCAUCUCACCGGUUGGCGUCCUUAUGCGAAAAACUAUCGAAUUGCUGUGGGCAUCGCCGAAAUGUCUGCAGGAACUUUACUUUUACUAGGCGGAGCCGUUUCGCAAUCGUUGGGAACAUUGACUUUACUUGUGAUAACGACAAAUAUGAUAAUCACAUUUCAUAAAUUACAUUAUGGUGUUGAAUAUAUUGGUGCCGCGAUCUUUCUGGUGUUUUUACUUGUUCUCCGCCUGAUUGUUGCUUCAAAGUCCAAACCAGCUCGAGCUGUGAAAAGAAAUGUUGAGAAAAAAGUUGACUAA